GCCAAACAUCAUAGCCUCCUACUCAGAGAAAACCUGACUGCGUAAAAUGCAAAACUAAACCACCGUUGAACUUACUCCAGCCAACAUCUCCCUGUACGAGCAAUGUUUCAAGGAGUCCACCUCAUCGCCAAGAACGUCCCAGGUUGUGGAGUGGUGGAAGGCAGCUGUCUUCCUUGUUCAGGAGUUUCUGGAAGAGCAACCUCUGUAUCUUCUUCUUCUCGUGCUGACUAUAGAUUCCAUUCACAGGUCAAGAUUGGAUCACAGAAAGAUGCUUCUAAGGGAGCAGCUUUAGUCUGCAAAGCAAGUUCUAGUGGUCAUAGGAGAAAUCCAGACUUCUCCAGGCAAAACAGGCAUGGCUUCUCUAGAAACAGGCACAGGCAAAAUGAAGAGAGAGAGAGCUUUGAUAACCUCAAUGAAUCUGAUGCAUUAUCAUCGAAAAAUGGACCAUUACUCUCCCUCUCCAAUACCCCAAAGUUCCAUGCAACUGCAGCCCCUGGACCUAGAGAGAAGGAGAUAGUUGAGCUGUUCAGGAAGGUUCAGGCUCAGCUUCGAGAGAGAGCUGCAAGCAAAGUAGAAAAGAAGAUUGAAACCUUGAAAGAGCAAGGCAAAGAGAGCGACACUGUAGAUUCCCUCCUUAAGUUAUUAAGGAAACACUCUGUAGAGCAAAGCAAGAGAAACAGCAGAAGCAAUGGCAGUAACAAAGAUCUCAUGUUGGACCAGCAAGUGCAGAAUGACUCCUACAAUGGAAGAAAAAGUACAAUCUACUAUAAUUCAAAUAACGGUCUGAAGGAUGAGGCCCAAGAACGUAAUGGCACUUUCUUAGGUAGGCCCGUGUCAAAUUUCCAACGCAAGUCUCCUAUCCCUCGUGUUAAAUACCAGCCUAUUUAUUCUGGUGUGGAAACCAUCAAUACCAUGCCACAUGUGAAUUCAAGUGAGAAGGGAGAUGAUAAUCGAAUUGAGAAGGGUCUAAAGCCUGAACAAGAGUUGGAGCAAGAGUUGGAAGCAGAGCCAGAGCCAGAACCAGAGCUGGAGCUGGAGCUUGAGCCUGAGCCCAAGCCAAAGGCCACUUUUCUAGAUAGUAGGCUUGCCAAUUUUUCAGAAGGUGAGAGUUCAGAUGCUGACGAACCUUUUAAUGAUGAGAAUGGAGUUUUGCAGCCAAAAAAUGAGCAUGGGGAUUUGAGUACAUUGAAGCUACCAGAAUUAAGGGCACUUGCAAAGUCUCUUGGUCUAAGAGGGUAUUCAAAGAUGAAGAAGAGUGAGCUUGUGGAAUUGCUAAGUGGGAGUUUGGUAUGAUCUAUGAUGUAUGACUAAAGCAAAAACAUGAUAGCGUUUCUUCGUUUAUAGGUUUGUUUUAGUUUGUUUUGGUAGUAGACACUUAUGAUCAGUUUGUUUUGUACUCCUGUUCUAACCCUCCCGAGGGCUUCAAUGACUGGCGAGUUCUGAAUCUUUCCUUUAUCCAUUUCCUAGGUCUUUUUGGAUAUGAGCUAUUGAUGUCCAUGUUGAGAUUGUUUA